AUGGUGUCGAUGUUCGUAAACACACUCCAGCCGCAAUUUUAUGAGCAUAUGGUUGGGAAUGUAUUUGUCAAUUUUGCUGACACCAUCAUCAUUGGCAAUAGAAUAGAAAUUGGAUUGAAGAACGGGAAGAUAGCAUAUGCCCCGCCUGCAGCUACAAACUACAAAAAGCCCAGCUUCAAUCAGGGGAAGAAGAAAGAGGGGGAGGUACAUGCAGCGUCGGUAGUGCCUGUGUGGAGAGGACGAGCUCCCAAUCCUAAUUAUCGACCAUACUUAAGCCCACCUCCUUAUGCUGCUAACGCCUCGUUUGCUCAUCAAACUAGGCCUCAACAACAACAAGCGUAUUAUCCACCGCAGCGUAUCCCAACCGAAGCUUGGAGACCUGUCNCAAACAUGGGCCCAAAUUUGAAUGCGGGUCAAAACAACAACCCGAGANGAAAUCAGCUUGUUAGGUUCACCCCAAUCCCUAUGACCUACACUGAAUUGUUACCGAACCUGGUCAAAAAGGGUCUGGUCGCCAUUUGCCCGAUGAGGCCUGUACAACCUCCAUACCCUAGGGGUUAUGACGCAAAUGCCAGAUGUAGUUAUCAUGGGGGAGGCGUUGGUCACUCGACCGAAGGAUGUAUGGCUUUCAAAUACAAAGUUCAGGCUCUGAUCGACUCGGGUUGGUUAAAGUUUCAAGAAGACAAGCCCAGCGUCGAGACUAAUCCAUUGUCCGGACAUGGGAGUUCCUCGACGAAUGCCAUCGAGGUUGAAAAACAUGAUUUGAUAAGAGAUGUGGGCAAGAUCAAGAGCUCUAGGAGGUUCAUUUUUGAGGCUUUGUUGAAGGUGGGCUUAGUGAAGGGCGAGUAUGAUGAGGGUAUAACUUGUGCGCUCCAUCCAGAUGUUGGGCACUCUAUUGAGGAAUGUGUAGAAUUCGAGAAUAUUUUACAAGACCUACUUGAUAGAAAACUGAUGCAAGUAUGCCACAAGGUCAGAGAGGAAGAAGUGUUUGCACAAACUGGUGGAGAAUCUGAUAUAGCUCUGCCCGAACCUUUGGUGAUCCAUUUCACUAGGACCACUCCUGCACUGGUAACUGAAAAAAAUUUGUCUGUUGUCAUCCAAGUGCCCACUCCCUUCCCUUAUAAGAACGAGAAAGCCGUCCCAUGGAGGUAUGGGGCAACUGCAUUAGAUGAGGGAUAG